AUGCUCGACGACCAGGAUGUACACGACCGCAUCAUCUCUGGUGGCAGACGCAGAUGCGUAAAAGAAGCCACGGUGCUUUCGGGUGUCGCAGAAUCUCACAUCGAAAGUCUUGGCGAGAUUCUCGCCGACUAUCCUGGCGUCACCACCACCCUCAAGCGCCUCGAGUUCAAAGCCCGCUGUGAGCCUCUCAUCCACCGCUGGAGUCAGCUGAAGACCGCUAUCACACAGCUCAAAGUCUGCGGAACAUGUUCUGGCAAGGCCGCGCAGACUCACGGGUUGGCCUGCGCGUCGCAUCAUCAGCAUCUGACGUUCAAAGCGCCGAACGAUCGAUACUUUCGCUCGCGACCCGAUUGGAUCACGCAGCGGAUGGGAGGACGCUUCGAGAUGAUCAGACGAUGGGGAGCGCUGACGCUUCGCAUCCGUGGCGGGAAGAGACUGCUCACACGCGAGGCGUGCAGAAAAUCUUGA